CACUGCUCUCUCAAUUAGGACCCGGAACUGGAAAGGGAUCCCACUAACCAGCUGCUCUUGAGGAGAACUGGAUGCACUGAUGGAAAAGCUCUGAAAAUAUGGCCCAGGAAAAUGAAUCGCAUCAGACUGAAAAGGUCUACAGGAUCCUCAAGGCCAUCCACACUGCCCUGGCUCUCCUGGCCCUGGUCCUGGCUGCGGCUCUGACAGUGAUGGUUUUUCUGUACCUAAAUCUUCGAGGGGAAAAUGAGCAGCUUGUGAAGGUCAAAGCCUCCAAUGAAAAACUGAAAGCGGAAAACAAAAACCUCAUUCACAAGGUGCCAGAGGCUUGGAUUGUCCACAAUGGAAGUCUCUACUACUUUUCCUGUAAGGACAAGUCCUGGGAAGAGGCUGAGAGGUCCUGUGCAUCCCUUGGCUCCCACCUGACCUCAGUGACCUCAGUGGGAGAGCAGGAAUUUAUUGUUAAAAAAGCUGAUGGGAGCAACUAUUGGAUUGGAUUGAAUAAACAGUGGAACUCAGAGUGGAGAUGGACUGAUGGGACCCCUUAUAAUGGGACCAAGAGCAAAGAGUUUUGGGCACAAAAUGAGCCAAACAACAAAAUGGAUAAUGAACACUGUGUUCACUUUUCAAAGAACAGACUUCAAUCAUGGAAUGAUAACAAUUGUCUCUUACCUAUGCUGUUUAUCUGUAAAUGGGACUGCAAGUCAUCUGGGCUGUGUCCUUGAAAGUGGAAGUGAUCUCGGAGCUCUGUUGACUACCAGACUUGAAGAAUGGGUACAGAUACAAGCAUUCUUCCAUCCACCAUUCCCGCCUACUUUGUGGGUUCCGUUGUUAUUUCUCACUUAACGCUGAGGAUUCUGGGCCUGAUCAGCUGGACCAAUGGAUGCUCCUGAUCCCAGGCAGCCACAGACCCUCCUUUUCACAUCAUCACUGCUGCAGUCAUAGCCCUCCAUUCAUACCUCCAUGGGACCUUCAUACACAUGCGUGUGGCUGUCUCUCUCUAUGUCUACAUAUAGAUAUACACAUAUAUGUAUAGGUACAGAUGGACAUAUACAGACAGACAGACUUAUUUACAGCUUUUUGUUCAUUUCAGGCUUCCUUUCUCUACCUCUUGAGCUGGGAAGGAAAUUCAGAGACAUGAUCUGAUGUGAAACUCAUCAAAGGUCUUUGUUCCCUGGGUGGAUGAUUACUUCUGGAAAUUACAAGGUCCCAGCUCCAGCCACCCCUGAUAUAUUUAGGUCUCAAGGUCAACCCUCUUCCUGUCAAUCAUUUAUUGAUUAAGUUUCUAUACUCCAUCAGGCUCUGGGCUUAUCAGUAGGGAUGCAAAGAUGGAAGGAUUCAGAUCUGUUAUAUCCUAAGAGGAGAAGCAGCAAAAACAUGUCCAAAAACAUAGUACCUAAUUAUGAAAUGAAAUACAAUUAUCUACCAAGAUAAUAAAUAAUAAUAACUAUAAUAUAAUAAAUAAAAUAAAAUAAUAAUAAAUAUUACCAAGUAGAUAAAAGCCAGGUGGUUUCAGUGAGUUCCAGCAAGUUGAGGGAUCAGAAUGCUUCUGUGUAAAGAUAAUAAUUAAAUCCCUGGGAACUGAUGAGAUCUCUGAGGAUUUAAGAAGCUAGUGGAGAUAACUUUGGGAAUCUGGUCCCAGAAGAGGGAGUACGGUAAGUAAGGAACAAUCCCAGCUUUGGCUGGAGAAAUCUGGGCUUUGACUCAGUUUCCUCAAUUGACUCAGCGAUGUCAUUUUUGGAAUCAUUUGGCUUUGGAAUCAUUAAGAGCAUCUCCAGGAACCCUACUGAGUGACAGCCUUAGAUACAGAGAAGUUGUCCUUGAUUUGGGAACCUGCUCAGAGGCUGAUUUGAAAGUCGCUGGUUUUAUUGGAGGCAGUGACAUAUAGCGGAUAAUGUGCUAAAGGACCUGGGUCAUUGAUAUUUGAAAUCUGGUAACUGGGGAACUCUGAGCAAAUCCUAUCUUAGCUUGUUUGCCUAUCUGUAAAAUGGGAGUAAUCACACCUGUAGUACUAUCUGCCUCCCGCAGCAUGGUGCAAAUAUCUGUUUUGAUUCCAAUGGACGCUUCUCAGCUCUCUCCAGGGGAAUUAAAGAGCUUCAAAAGG